AUUAUCAUUAUCAUUAUUAUUAUUAUUUCUAAAAAUUUGUAUUUAAGGAUAAAAAAAUUUCAUUUCAAGCUUGACAGGGUUGAAGGAUGGCAAUGGCUUUCACAGGAAUAACUCAAGUUAUUGCCAUUCUUCUCUUGUGCAUAGCUUUGGCAGGCUGUGAGGCCAAGGUCAUAAAUGUGGCCAAGGACCCGUAUAACGCUGAUGAUGCUCUGGCCAAAGCUAGAGGCAUAGCUAAGGGGAAAGUUGAUCCUAAUGUGAAAGUUUUUAAUGUGUUAGACUUUGGGGCCAAGGCUGAUGGAAAGACAAAUGCUGCGAUGAAUUUCAUCAGGACAUUCAAGGCUGCUUGCAAUUUCCGAGGGAGUGCCAUGAUGGUCAUCCCCCAAGGGAACUUCUUAAUAGGACCAGUUAUAUUUCAGGGGCCAUGUUUCAAUCCAUCUCCCUUAAUCAUUAAAGUUGCAGGAAUUGUCAAAGCAGACCCUGAUAUCUCCGAAUACACUGGAGGAGCUGAUGCUACCGAGUGGAUUACCAUACAAAAUAUUGAUGGUCUUAUCAUUACCGGUUCAGGCACCUUUGAUGGCCAAGGUGCUGAGUCAUGGAAAUACAAUGACUGUACCAAGAAUGACAAUUGCAUCCGUAUGCCUGCUAAUAUAAUGUUCAACAAGGUAUCAAAUGCAAUUAUACGGGGCAUAAGAUCCAUUGAUGCCAAAGGAUUCCAUAUAUUCAUCAGCAACAGCCAGAAUUUCCGUAUAUUCAAUGUUCAUAUAAUUGCCCCUGCAGAUAGCCCCAACACUGAUGGCAUUCAUAUGAGCAAAUCCAGUGUUGUAAAAAUCUCUAGAAGUAAUAUUGCCACGGGUGAUGAUUGUGUCUCUAUGAUUCAAGGAAGCCAAAACAUUAGCAUCAAGAAAGUAACAUGUGGACCAGGACAUGGUUACAGUAUUGGAAGCCUUGGCCAUUAUGAAGAUGAGUUAGAUGUGAGUGGGAUCAUAGUGAAGAACAGCACAUUAAUAGGCACGGACAAUGGAGUUAGAAUCAAAACGUACAAAGCUUCGACUCCAAGUAAAGCUUCAGGAAUGAUUUUCCAGGAUAUAGUCAUGUAUGGGGUUAGGAAUCCAAUCAUCAUAAAUCAAGAGUAUGGAAAACAAAGCAGCAAGGAGCCAUCAAAAGUAGCCAUCAGCGACGUGCAUUUCGUAAACAUCAGGGGAACCACAACUUCAAAGGUUGCAGUGAAUCUGUUGUGCAGCGAGUCGACUCCUUGCCAAGGGAUUCACAUGAAGAAUAUCAAUCUGGCCUACACUGGGGAGCCAAACAAUUUGCCUUAUAGCUCUACUUGUACUAAUGCCAAGGUGGAAUAUAUUGGUAUCCAAAACCCUCCUCCUUGCACUUAGUGCUUCAAAGCCAAAGAACACUUCAAAACUAAUUUCUUUCCCAAGCAUCAUACUUAACAUAUACCAUUAUAUCAUUAGAAGUAGAGGAUAUUUUCUGGGCCUAAUUCACAACCAACUUCCAAGAAACAUCACCUAAUACU